CGCUGUUGCCGGAAGUAGUCAACUUUAUUUUGAAAGGAGUUUUCUGUUGUGAGCUGAGCGGCGGUUUGUCGGCUGGAUCUCGGUUAAUAAACCGAAGAAAGAGGCAGAAAUUGAAGGCGACCUCCUCUUCAUCAUCAUUACGUUGAAAUGAGCCCAGACCGCAGGUGAUUGGUCAGUCCAGUUUGUGGUCGGUGCUGGAUGACGUGAUGGCUGAGAGCCCCCCUGCCAGCCCCGGUUCUUCAGAACCGGAAAGUCCCGUCAGUCUGAACCGAGGAUGUUUGCUGGACCCCGGAGAGGCCUUCUUCAGUGACAUGUCCGUCAUCGUCCCAGAAACCCCCAGCCCACAGCUCGGCAAACGGAGGAGACUUCGGCGUAAGCCAAAGGAUCACCGCGGCCCGGUGGCAGUCGGCGGCCCUUCGGGACCAGAGAAAUCCAACGGAGGGGACGGAGGUUUUCCGCAUAAAUCCAAACGCCGGCGGCUGGUCGAUCAGCGCGUCGACUUUGUUCCGGCGUCGUCUCUCAGGACCUUCCCUCUGGGCACCUGGCUGCAGGCUCCGUCCCCGUCAUCUUCCUCCCCCUCGUCUUCCUCCUCCUCUACCUCCUACCUCACACCGGACUCACUCGUCGGGUCAAAACAGAUUCACACGGCAGCUUCGGCGUCUGUCUCUGCAGCGUCGUCUUCGUCAUCGUCAUCCUCCUCUGGCUCUCUGUCCUUCCUGACUGACGAGGAGAGGCGAUGGCUGAACGAAGAACAAGGAGGCGCCUCACAAGACGUGGAGCAGAUCGUCAUCAGCGACGAGGAAGAUGCCACGGUCCGCUCGUUGCAGGUGGAGGAAGACGAGGCGCUGGCCCGGUCCCUGCAGGCUCAGUUUGACCAAGAGGAGUCGCUCAGCAGGCAUCACCAUCACAGCCAUCAUCUUCAUCAUCAUCAUCAUCGGCAGAGCCAACAUGCGUAUUACUCCUACAUGCAGCCCAGCUGGAUGUCUCAGGUCCUGGCCGCCGUCUCUCCUCUGGUUGGACUCGAAGACGAUCUGAUUGGCCAGCGCAGGCGGCGUGGGCGGGUCAGACGGAGGAACAUAUUGCCGGACUUUGCUGAGGAUCUUCAGGGAAACGACUACGAAGCUCUCCUGGAGUUCGAAGAGCAACAAGGUGCCGUUGUGUCGAAGAAACUGACUCGCAGGGAAAUCCAGAGCUUUCCGACCAAAACCUUCCGCUCCGCAACCGGCGCCGGGAACAGCCAGUGCCAGAUAUGUUUCUGCGACUACGCUGAUGGGGAGAAGCUGAGGAUACUGCCCUGUUUCCAUGACUACCACAUCCAGUGCAUCGACAGGUGGUUAAAGGACAACGUCACCUGUCCGAUCUGCAGGGCCAACCUGGCUGACGGAGACUAUCUGGCACCCCCCACGCUGUCACAGGAAACUCCCUGAUGUUUGUUUUUUAUGAAAAACUGAUCAACCUGUUAGUUUUUAGUUGUUGUUUUUAUUCCCUCCAUGUUUCUCUGAUUAAACUUUGCUGGAACCGUUGAAGCU